GAGAAGCAGAAUGACGGUUGGAGCAAAAGGAAGGAAAAGCAAUGGAAAGGAGGGAAGGAGAGAAAAGGAAGGACAUUCUGCUGCUUUGACUCUGACUCACCCCCCCUCCCUCUCCAUCCUCACAUUGGUGCAUUCUGACUGUACCUAUCUAUCACCACACACACACACACACGUUCACAGAUGCAGCUCCGCCUCCUCUGCAGUAUAGACCCAGCUAGCAAGGGUAGCAAUGGAGGAGCCUGCAGUGCAGCAGGAAAAAAUAGAGGGAUUGUGGGAAGGAGGACAUGAUGAAGGGAAAGCAGGCUGGAAGAAUGACUGCUCCCUCUCCUCCCUUCUGAAGCAUUCCUGUUUUCUCUGCUGGUCGUCUCCCAGGGAUACUGAUGUCGUGGAAACUGAUGAGAGAGUCCUCGCCAAAGUGGCAGAGAUCAGAGUAAGAAGACCGCAGCAUCUAGCACUGGAGCUGGAGAAUGCAGUGGAAGUGGAAAACCUGGAGCUGCAGGAGCAGCAGUCGGACCGUAAGGAGCUGGAGGAGACUUUGGUUAAAUUAGAAAGCCACAAAGAGAAGCUGGUACAACAAAUAAAGGCAACCAGACAACUAUGCUAUGAGGAGAGUCAACAGAUCUUGGCUCUGCAGACAGAGGAGGUGCAGAAGGAGAGCCAGGUGGAGGAGUACGAAAGGGAGCUUGCCAGAGCCAGGUGGAGGCUGAGGAGGCUUAAAGAGGAGGUCAAACAGGCCAAGAGGAAGGUGGAAGAGGCUGGUGAGAGGAACACGCCUCUGCAGGACUCCAUCAGACAGUCGUAUGAAGAGAUCCUGCAGGAAGAGAACACUUUGUGUUCACUCUCGGGAAGUGCAGUCACUCCAGAAAGUCAACUGGAGGAGUCACUGUCUCCUGCAGACACAACAGAAGAGGAUCCACUGCCUUUGAAGCCAUGGGGGAGGAGCCAAUCACUGCCUGCCUAUGCUGACCUGAUAAUGAGGGCCAGUGGGUCGUCUUUCUGCAACAAUCUGGCAGAUACCAGAGAAGAAUUAGACAACAGUGGGAGCAAUUCUACUAAGCAAAUGCUAUGUUAUCUUGAGCCACAGAUGGAUAGAUCUGAUGUAGAGGACAAUCCACAAGAAGGGGAAAUCAUCAAGGAAGGGCAGCAAGAGAAGGAAGAGUGCCCAAACCCCCUGAGCCAGCUGGACUUCUACCAAGCCAACCCAUUUGCCAGCUGUCAGAGUGACCAUGAACUUUUCAAUGAAGACAUCUUCCCUAAAGCUGACAUAUCUAAUGGAUUUGGCUCAGACCCUUUCAAAGGCAGUGACCCCUUUGCAGCAGACAUUUUGUUUCCAGAGACCAAUAUUGGCACUGAUGGAAAUACUGGUGAUGAAGCAGACACCAGUUUGUCCUGUGCUGAAAACAAAGCCUCAACAGGAACUCAGUGCUUUGAGUCUGAAUUCCCAGAUGAAGACAGCGACAUAGAAAACAGCUACAGCCAAGAGGAACAAGACGUCAUCGGUCAUUCUCAUGGAUUCAAGCCUAUUCAGAGUUCAUCAGAGGAGCUGGGGCCAGAACCAAUCCAGGGCUGGAGAUCCCAGGGUCAGUACUCUGUAGAAUCAGACCCAAAUGGUUAUGAGUUGGACCUUGGUGCCAUCUCUCCCCCUUCUGACAUAGAAGAACACAGUCUGGGAUGUUUAGCUGGAGAAGCUACUCCUGAGGCACCAUCGCAUCUUGAACAAGGUCUGAGUUCUGAACCAGCUCAGGCAAUCUCUGAACAAGCUCCCUUGAAAACAGAUUGGACAGGUGAAAAAGAGCAAUCUAUGUCGCAGGGUGCUACCUCUGGGUAUUGGGAAGGUUGGUCUAGCAAUAUGGAAGAGGAAACCCAAAUCCCUACAACUCCCCAAAACUCACAAGAUGCCCAUAACCUCUUUAUCCAGCCUGAUUUAGAUCAAAGCGGGGAACUAAGCUUUGACUUAAGCUAUGAAGCGACCAGUCAGUCUUCCUUUGACCCAUACGGGUUUAAACUCAGUCCAGAACAUUCUAGUCACACACUCCUAGACCCAGAUGAAGCCGAACUGAGCCCUGAACCCAGUGAGAACUACCUGGCCUUUGACACUGAGUCAUCUUCCUCUCAAACAAACCAUCUCAACUUCCACACUUGUGAUUUUGACAUCAAUAUGUCCCAGAAAGUACGGGACUCUGACCCUUAUGGCUUUAAGCUCAGUCCUGAGGAUGAGAACCAGGAGGUACUGGAUGUCUGUGGCUAUGAUGACCAUGAGACAAUGGACCCUUCCACAUAUGAUAAAGUAGAACCCUCUGGUUAUUGUAAUCAAGAAGUACUAGAAUCUAACGCCAAUGAAAACCAAGAAGUUCUUGAUCAUUGUGGCCACAAUAACCAGAAGGAUUCACACAACAAUGAAAACCAAGAGGUGCUUGAGUCUUCUUACAUUGACAACAAGGAAAUAGAUAGCAAUGACAAUGGAAUUGGCAAGGAAUUCUUGGAUCAUUUUAGUCAUGACAACCAGGAGGUGGUUAAGCCCUAUCUCAAAAUGAACAAAAAGGAACUACUUGAACCUUGUAACCAAGAAGUUCUUGAACCUUGUAGCCUGGGCAACAAAGAAUUGCUCCAUCCUGAGAAUCAAGAAGUACCAGAUUUAGAUAGCGAUGGUAACCAAGAACUACUGGAUUUUGAUGGCAAAGGCAAUCAAGAGGUGCUAAUAUGUGAAAGCCACAACAACCAGGAACCCAUGCGGCAUGGUAGCAAGGAAAAUCAGGAAUUACUAGACUUAGGUAGCCGUGGCAACCAAGAGGUGUUGGAUUUGUUGAGUAAAGAACGUUUACCUGAAGCAAACAACAACCAAUGUUUUAUUGAACCAGAACUCAGUCCCACCAACAACAGCUCAGACAGUGAUGUGGCAAUAGAAGACCUGCUGGGACUUGAACUCAGUGACACCAGUAUGUGCACGGCCAACAAUGAUGACACCAUCAACAUCUCUGCCAACCACAACCUGGAUACAUCCACCAGUCACAUAUUGGAGGGUGAUCUGGGUUCUGUGUUCAGAGCUGGAGGAUAUAUCGGUUGUCCAGAUGUAGCUGAUGACCUUGAACCCCUGGGCAGAAUGCAGGUCAACCCAGUAGCAGAGGCAGUGAAACCAGUAAGACCAGUAAGGCCUCCUCGGCCCUCACUCAAGGUAAAGGAGAAGGCUCAGUCCCAGACUCAGGGCAUUGACCUGAAGUGAUCUGUCCUUGUCAACACUUGAGUGAAGGUCACAUCAAGGUUAACAUAACAGCAACACAAGAGAUCAAGUGGAUGAGCAGAUGAGUAAGAGGAAGCACGGAGAAAUAGAGGAAAGGGGAUAUGACCGCGAGGAGAAGAAACAUAAAUAAUUAUUAAUUUUAUCUAUACCAUUCAUUUUUAUGGUAGGUGGUUGGCUUUAAUCCCAGUUUCACUGGGUCACUUCUGUGAGGAAUUGUGCAUGUUUUAUGUGUGUGUGUGUGUGUGUGUGUGUGUGUGUGUGUGUGUGUACUUGUACAUAGAUCUUUUUGAGGACCAGAAAACUUUUAAACCACAAGAAGUGCGGACAUUUUGUGAAAGUGGCGACCGUUUGGCUGGUCCUCACCUUUUUGUCCUGACAUGAAAAGUACUGCUCAUGGGUGAAGACUUAGUUUAAGGGUUAUGGUUAUAACUAGGUUUAGUUUGGGGUUAGGUUAAGGGGUUAGGUGAUGUAUCGUGUCUACGUUAGUCCUCAAUAAGAAUGCUGUACAAGAAUGUGUGUAUGUUUGUGUGUAUGUGGCUGACUUCAAAGUAAUGUAUUUAUUGAUUGAUUCUUGGCUUCAGUCUACUUUGAAUGAUUUAAGGAAGUCAGGGCUGCAAACAUCCAGAGGAAGAUACAUUUUGAGGUUAUCAUGUUUGCCCUGUCAUUCUGAUCAUCACAUUGUGUUCAGAUAUCAGGUAACAGAUGUUGUAGGCACUGAAGCAUUGUUCAGUUAAGGUUACAUUUCAGUUCACACCUACCUCAUCACGACUUAGCUAUGACUGCAUGAUAACACCGUGAACCCUGUGAACGCAAAUCUUUAUUUUCACACGUGUGAAAUCCUGUCAUUCAUGACAAACCACUAAGACGGUGGAAAGUGUAAAAGUGACUUUAGUUCAGCAUGUGAGACUUCUGUUGGUUCUUGUAACCAUUGAUAAUACUGCCUUCUAUAGCUCUCUUUUCAGGGGUUGUUUAUGUGCUCCUAAUUAUUGUUUUGAACAAUUCAUAUACAUCCACUCACUGGCCACAUUUUGCAAAAUACUCCCCAUCUGGCACCAACAACUGUGCCAUGUUCAAAGCCACGUAAAUCCCCUUUUCCUCCCUCAUUCUGAUGCUCAAUUUGAACUUCAGCAGCUUUUCUUCAACAUGUGCACAUGCCGAAAUGCAAUGAGUUGCAGAUUAGUUGUUUAGAUAGUUGCGUUAACAAGCAGUUUAAUGGGUAUACCUAAUAAAUUGUCAGUGGGUGUAUUUCAUAAACCUAUAUUAGAGUUGUAUUUCCUUGACUGAUUUAUGGAGCUGUUCAUAAAAUACAAAACAUUUACAAGCUU